AUGGCGCCAUUGCCUCUGACAGACAACUCCGCAUACGAUCUGUCACCAGUUCUCGAACCUCGAAACGACACCGACAAUUCUGGUGGGGCUCUGCAAGUCAUUUGUGCAUGGCCAGUCUCCAGCCAAUAUGGGCCUGGGUCGAGGAUCCUGAAAGCAAACUGGAUCAAGAACGCCUGCCUAGCUGCUGCUCUUUUGCUACCGACGAUAGCUGCAGUGCAUGCCAUUGCCCUGGCCGCCCUCCAUCGUGAAAGGGUAGUAGUCGCCCCUAUCACUGUUCGGUUGUCACGCACCUAUCUGUACGAUCCUGGCAGAAACACCAUCUUCGUAUGGGUGGGCCUUCUUCUUGCUGGUCUUCUAAGCUUGGCAAUUGAGUUCUACAGAACUCAAACCUUCAGUUGCCCACACGACAAUGCCGGAAACCCUCUUUCAGCCGACGCCUCAAAGUUCCCGUACGGAGACCCUCCAAACUGCAGCUUGACUUGCUCCGAGGAAGAAGGCCCAUUCUCCCCCAUGCGAGGUGGCUCGGCGAAGAACGUAUACAUUAUCCCAGCGCCGAGUGUGUUCACAUUCGGCGCCGGGACGCUGUUGUCGGCUGCAUGUUGCGUACACGCGAUUCUGUGGUUGAUUUCGAUGGCAGAUAAGAUUCUUGAGAUCAACUGGAAAUCACAGUCUCGCAAAGGCAAACUGGGCGAUCAAGAUGAUAGAAGCAUUGACGAACCAAUAUCAGGCACAAACGGGGCGACAAAAAGAAGGAUGAAGGAUGUCAACGAGAACGUCAGAUUCUACCUGAGCAUGGCCGUGGUCCCAGUAUUUGGAGGCGCAGGCUUUGCCAUCCUCAUUGUUGGAGAAAUGAAUUUCUUUAGCCGUCAGGUCAGCUACGAGAUUGAACCGAUGGCUGCCAUUGGUCAAUGGGGCUCAAUUGUAGGUCUUGGAGUAGGUUUAAUGGGUUCGCUGUAUCUUCUCUUAGCAGAGGAUGUUGAAGACCUCAAGGAGAAGGAGAUGGUUGCUGAGGCUGGCAACAUGAAUGCAUCGCGAGAUGCUUCUGUCACUCCACAGCCUGGCUCCCAAACCAUCACGCCACAGCCUGACUCUCAAGCUUUCGACCUGGAGAGACUUGUCAUAGGAAACACAGAGCAUCCUGGCAACCCUAAUGAAACAAUACCGACCCAAGAUAAUGAUACAAAUGGGGGAAAUGCUGGCAGGCAAAAGUUCGCCAAGUUGAUGCUUUCCUUUAGCAACUCGUUGGGCACUGCUGCUCACGAGCGGCUUAAUGACUCUGACUUUCAUCGAGGAUCGGUGCUUAAUUGGCCCGAAAUUCCUGGAUAUAAAGAAGAUAUAUGA